UCUCUAUAAAAUACUUCAGUAGAUACCCCGGUUGCGCUGCAGUCUUUCCCGGUCGCAUGUACAGCAUUGAAGGAGUAAACCCGAGGAGUUUGUUGAUGGCCUUCGCUUUCACCCUCUUUCGUGGCAAAGAUUCACCAUAGAGAUAUUUCUUCGACCAAGCUGAAUGCUGAUAUGCUGCAUGACCUCUGGCUCCAAUUCUUGGACUGACGAAGCAUUCCGAUCAUCCUUUGGCUCUAUUCAAAAUCUCAUAGUGUCUUUGUAUCCUUCUAUUGUUGGUUCUUUACUGUACAAUAGCCAUUUAAGUCAGCUUCUUAUUGUAGGCAGAUCGAGGGUGGAAUUGAUUCUGGUCGGCCCACGGCGGUUCGGCGAAUAGCGAGCAGUGUGCAAGGCGCGCUAAGGCUGCUUUGGUUCGCAGCAACUGAUCAUCCGCAUUCGCGAAUUCACUCCUCACCCACCUCUUCUCUUCUCUGCACACCCCGCUGCUGUCUGCCCACAUGUUGCCCAUGCUCUAGUCAAUAACUCACCGCAAGCUAGGCUUCGCUCUGUCCUAUAUAUCAUCGUUAUUUCCACGUCACUCCAAUCUGGCUCCUUCACCUUCCAUCUUCUCUUCCACCUUUGCCAACUCUCAACCGGCCAGCAGCCGUACUCUUCCGACAGCGCUGUGGUUAACACCCGUCCUCUACAGAUCCCCUCCUCUACCCAGAAAUUUUGCCCAUCAUGGCCCGCAAUCGCAGCCCCUCGCCGGCAGAAAACUUUCCGCUCGGCCAUUCCGCGACUUCACCACAACCGCAGGUCUCGAAGCGUGACAAGCGCCGCAACAUGCUCGCCGACAAGCUCACAGAGAUGAUGACUUCAUUCUCCGACAACCGCGAUAGUCACUACAGAGCUCAGCUAGCCGCGCUGCAAGCUGACAUCAACCUCAUACUCAAAGCCGACCCUUACAAGAACAAGCCAUUGGAGGAUGGCGGAGAGGAGGCCUCGGAGCUCAUCACUCACGUCAUGGGCAACACUGUGCCGGCUGCUCCUAGCGCUGGUACUGACUAUGUUGCCCAGUGCGGCAAACACUAUGCGCGCUUCGUUGAUGCCGUCAACGAUGCCAUGGAAGAGCGCGAUUUCAACCUCACCAUGCUUUGGCACGAAAACAGCAAGAACGAAAUCGAAAACUCCCACUUCUACAAAGUUCGCAUCGCCGAAGAGGAACACAAGCUGCUCGCAGCCACCAUUCGCGAACGUCUCGUGGCCAGCAUCCAGAACCGCACCGCAAAGCUGAAGCGGGAGAAGGAACAACUGGACUUGUCUGACAGCAACGCCAUGCUCUUGCACCCAAAUCAAUUCAGCAUCGGACAUCCCGCCAGUCCAGGUGGUCCGCAACAACCACGCAAAACUCGCCGGACUGGUCACAAGUUUGGGGAUGCGGAAGAUGCUGCGGUGGAGAACAAGCGCAAGAGGAAGCUGUUCGAGGAAGACAACGACUCGCCAGGUCCUUCUGGUCGCAACGGAGAACUCGGUAUUGGCUCGCCAUUCCGAGAAGCCAAAGCACGCACCAUCAAUGCGCAAUUUGAAGCUUCGGCAUACUCACUCGAUCGCCUGUUCACGGAGAAAGAGCUGAACAUGGCCAUGAACCAAGCGACCACCGCGGCAUCACAUUUUUUCGCAAAGAUGAAAGACGCCGAAGCACAAAACGGGGAACCCACGGCCAACGGCACCAACGGCGCGAAUGGGGACCACGCUUCCGAAGUUGGCGAGCAUGGAGACCCUGACCCUGACUCCGACGAUGUUCCUGGUCCUGUCGAGAUGACGCGCCAGGUUUCCUCUAAUCCCCACGCAACACGUGGUGCCACGCGCUCAGCGCUGAACCUCGCGUCUGGUCAGAUACCCUGGAUCUACAAUCCACCUUUUGUUCUGGACGCCAAAAUCUUCCAAAAAACCAACGCAUCUGCCCCCGCACCGCCCCCGCUCGCCUCGCAAGAAGUCGAACAAGAUCUUAAACUCAUGUUACGGGAUGCUCGACCCGACGACGAGCUCAACGAAAGGCUGCUACAAGCUGCAGUGACCCCCGUACGCGCACGCGAAUAUCAAGUCCAACCUCCCGACUACCGCGAGCCCAUGAACGAGACGACCAGCCUCGUGAGGAGCGUAGUACCACAUCUUGAUGUUGGAGGAGGAGCACUAGUCGGAGCCGGAGCCAUGGGUGGCGUCCCCAUGAGUGCGCAGAGCUCUAUGGGCGGAUACAGCGAUGCUGGUACUCCUCUCGGACGCAUCGGUGAGAAUAACCUUGCCGUCGGCGGUGUUGGCAUGUCAAGGACGGCGAGCGGCAGUGGCAGGAGAGGCGGUCGUCGAGGCGGCUAG